AGCUAAAUGUAUAUAUAUACACACCUGUGUGAGUCAUAGGAUUUUCCUUACCUACAGCUUGCGUCCACGUUUUCCUAACGGUAAUAUUCGACGAAUUGCGUGAUGAUCAAGAAAAGGUUACUGCAGUCAACAAUCGACAGCAUUUAACCAGAAAUGGUUGACGGAUUUCAUCUUCCGGAACAUGUGUCUGCCGUAUCUUUGCGUGCCCUUGGAUCUUCGACUCGGCAGUUUCUCGCUAUAUACCUCGAUCCGCCAUCUUGUACAGUAAACGAUGACGGUGUCACAGCAGAUGCAUCUGGCUUGGCAGAAUUGGCCGGGUUUGAUAAUCAGACGAUUCGAUAUUUUGAAUCUAAAUCCAGCAGAACCAGUGAACUUUUGAACAUGUGGCGGUAUCGACAAAACGGAACCCUGGGUAAUCUCGUCGGAUAUCUCUUGCAGCUCGAGAGAUUUGACUGCCUGACUGAUAUAUGGCAAAAAUUAUUGACCGACGCUUACAAGUGGACAAAGCGGUCACGUGCUCGCGACUCUUCAUGCUCCGUGGAGAGUUUUACUGGUAAUGGACCGUCGACCGAAUCUUUGGAUGGUUUGAGCGCGUCUGCCGAGUCAGAGAGUAACUUCCUGACUGUUGAUGAUGUUAAUGCAGGCCAAAUCCAGAUGUAUUCGGCAUGUGUCUGUUGUGCUGACGCCGACCUUGGCCUCGCACGUGACAUUGUCCGCGAGUUGUCGAAAAACUCUAAACUCUUUAUCCCUCAAGACCAUCUCGUUGGAGGGGCGUAUGAAUUUGAGGCAACGGCGGAAGUGAUAGAAGACAGAUGUGAUGGUCGCCUUGUAGUUUUACUGUCCAACCAUUACAACAACUCACCAGCAUGCUCCUUCGCUACACAGUUCGCCAAGGCGCUUGAUCCGGACGCUCGUAGAAGACGUGUCAUACCAGUUGUGACGCAAGAGGGAGCGAACUUCCCGCGAAUUUUACGUGGCAUAAGCACUAUCAAAUACUACAGGUGUGAAUCCAUGACGUCAUUCCUAACACAGAUCAUUGCUUCGCUUUCUUACAAAUCUCCAUCAAAUAAGAAUGGCGAAGCUAGGAAAACAUCUGCUCAACAAAACAGAAAUAUUUCAACUUUUUCUUCCAAAACUUCGAUGGAAUUCCCUAAAAAUUCUUCAGUAAUAUCCACGCCAACUGGUGUUUCAUCAUGUAAUUGUGUGAGGCGAUCAUCUUUAGCCGCAGACAGACGUAAUUCAAACGUUUCAAUAGCAUCUAUGAUAUCUAACGAGUCCCGAAUUACAAACAAUAGGAGUUCAUUGUGUUCGUCGAAUGAUUCCAAUUUGAUGUCUUCUGCUGUACGACCCGGAUGUGAAUUGUCUUGUCGAUCAAAAAUACUUAAUAUCAGUCCGAAUCUCCUGAAUAUGAACGAGAAUGAGGAGUCCCAGUUUUACGGAGAGAAUUGCUCAACAUAUUCCUCGACAUUGCCAACUGAAAACAAUUUUGGUCGAUCAAAGUAUAACGACCUUUCACCAGGAAGUGACGUCAUGGCAAGACAACUGCUAGCAGACUGUAAUAAAGUUCCUCCCACAUCAAAACUAAACAUCACUUUUGACCAAAAUGUUAGCGUCGAAACCACUGGUGUUAAGACACAAAAUAACAUGAAGCCAAAGUCCUCGAUAAUUGCUACGUUCAAACGUGUUUUCGCGCGUUUCCCGUCACAAAAACAUGAAGAAAAAUCGUGUGUUUCAAAAGACAAUGCAGAAAGUUGUCACGCAAUCAAUACGCCAAACAUAUACCAACCCUCGGCGUCUAAAGUUGGUGGUACUUCAUCAGAAUCGACAGAAAUAUUGGCAUCGUCAUUACCUGUAACCAAGCCGUCAGAAUUCCAGCAGAUGGCACAACCUUCACAGAGUAAUAGGAGAACAAUUGUCUGCGAAAGUGACGUCAUUUUUGUGUAAACCAUUCUAUCUAAUGAGGAAGUGUAUGUGCAAUUUAAGAUUUAUCUUCAGGUCCAUUAUAGUGAAAAAUUAAACUGAGAUAGUCAAGUUUGAGAUAUUGUACCAUUUGCAUGGUUGAAAGUCCAAAAAACUCAUAGUAUCGUGAAUCAAGUCAGACUAUUUCGACACAAUGGUGUUCCUAUCCGCCUCUACCCCUAUACUCC